CAGCAGACACAGGGGGAUCUUUGCUGGGGAGCCACAACGCAGAAGACGCGAUGUUUGUCAAAGUGGCCGUGGCGCUGCUGGUUCUGUCAGCGCUGGAGCAAGUAGUGCGCUCGGAUAAUACGGACAUUCACAGUCACGAUAUUCCCCCAGAGAAGCCAGCGAGCCAGAAAGGACGCCUGUCUCUGCAAAACACAGCUGAGAUCCAGCAUUGCCUAGUGAACGCGGGGGAUGUGGGCUGCGGUGUGUUCGAGUGCUUCGAGAAUAACUCCUGUGAGAUUCGGGGGCUUCAGGAAAUCUGCAUGACGUUUCUACACAACGCUGGCAAAUUUGACUCUCAGGGAAAGUCGUUUAUCAAAGACGCUCUUAAAUGUAUGGCCCACGGGCUCCGGCACAAGUUCAGCUGCAUCAGUCGGAAGUGUGUGUCCAUAAAGGAGAUGGUGUUUCAGCUGCAGAGAGAAUGCUACAUCAAACACAACCUGUGCUCCGCCGCCAAGGAGAACGUGGCUGUGAUGGUGGAGAUGAUCCACUUUCAGGACCUGUUUCCCAAAGGCCCAUAUGUGGAGCUGGUGAACAUCCUCCUGAGCUGCGGGGAGGAGGUGAAAGACGCCCUGACUCGCAGCGUCCGACUGCAGUGCGAGCAGAACUGGGGCGCUCUCUGCGACAGCCUCAGUUUAUGUUCCUCAAUGGCUCCAUCUCCAGCCGGAACAGCCUCCGAUCUCCGCCGCCCCGUCCCUCCGCCGCCCCCCCACCCGGAACCGGAGCACCCAAAACCCCCCAAACAAGGCGACGCUAAGGACAAACCCAGUAAAGUGGGGUUCAGCGCUCACCCUCGUAACCGUAGUCAAGGUCCCCGGCGUCACAGUCCGGAGGCGGGGUUAGCGGCGGAGCAGGACGACGCAGAGGCCACCGACAUCAGGAGGUGAAAAGAAAACAGAACUUUUUUUUUUUUUUUUUUUGGCAAAUUAAGCAACACUUAUUAACACAUGUACACACACACGACGACACACUGACACACAGAGACUGAGCAGAAGGAAGCCCGUCUUUUCCUGUUCCUAUUCCGCCCUCUCCAGUCAUUCCAGCGCUCCACUCGGUAAACUUGCAGGGUAAUUGUGGUGUAGCUGUUAUGCCAGACUAUAGGCCACGAUUUUUAUUAAAAGAAUACGUUAAUAAUAAUUGUUAAUAGCAUGAUUGUUUCAAACUAUUUUGGCUCCAAUCCAGCGUUUCUUCAAAUCAUACUUACUGUAAGAUUUGAUAAUAUUUGUAUUAUUUAUUUAAUUCUUUAUGCGAUGUUGAAAUAUCAAAAUGUACAUAGGAAAAUCUAUAUUUAUAUCCACAUGUAUAAAUAUAGUAACAAUAUGCAAUUCUGAUAUUUGACCUAAUGUGGCGUGCUGUCUGUUGUCUCCACACAGUAUUGCAGUGGGAAUGUGUAUUCUAGUUACUUGAUAAUAAUAA